CUCGCGGCGGCAAAGAUCCCAUUCCUGCGAAACCCGCUGGAACCACACGGAUCCCUGACAAUCGGACGAACGGACAGAUCUCGGAGAGCAGGCCCAUGGACACCUUCAGCACCAAGAACCUGGCGCUGCAGGCGCAGAAGAAGGUCCUGAGCAAGAUGCCCUGCAAGGCCGUGGUGGCCACGUUCGUGGACGACACGAGCAGCGAGGUGCUAGACGAGCUGUACCGCGCCACCAAGGAGUUCACGCGCAGCCGGCGCGCAGCGCAGAAGCUGCUCAAGGACCUGGUGAAGGUGGCGGUGAAGGUGGCCGUGCUGCUGCGCGCCGGGCAGCUGGGCACCGAGGAGCUGGCGCGGCUGCGGCGCUUCCGGCAGCGGGCGCGGGGCCUGGCCAUGACGGCCGUAAGCUUCCACCAGGUGGCCUUCACCUUUGACCGCCGCGUGCUGGCCGCGGGGCUGCUCGAGUGCCGCGACCUGCUGCACCAGGCGGCGGGGCCGCACCUCACCGCCAAGUCGCAUGGACGCAUCAGUCGCGUCUUUGGCCACUUGGCGGAUGGUGACUUCCUGGCCGCGCUCUAUGGCCCCGCGGAGCCCUACAGCUCACACCUGACCAGAAUCUGUGAUGGGCUGAACCGGAUGCUGGAGGAUGGCACCAUCUAAGGGUGUCACCCAUCAGGGACGUGAGCCUGCACCUCUAACCCUUUCCCACACUCUGUGGGACUCAGGAGGACCAGAAAGCAUCAGCGCCAGCAGUUUAAAGGCCCACACCGGCUGUGCUCUGGGAGGCUGAGGCAGGAAGAUCUCAAGUUGGAGCCUGGCCUGGGCAAGUGAGCACCUCAGUGAGACU